AUGCCAAGCUCAUGGUCAAGUUGGCGAAGAACUAACCUCAACUCGCUAAGCUCAUGGUCAGGUUGGCAAAGAGACCACCUCGACAUACCAAGCUCAUGGUCAGGUUGGCAAAAGACCCACCUUGGCAUGCUAAGCUCAUGGGCGAAGAACCUACCUCGCCAUGCCAAGCAUGUUAGGUUGGUGAAGAACCGACCUCAACUCGCUAAGCUCAUGGUCAAGUUGUCAAACGACCUCCCUCGACAUGCCAAGAUCAUGGUUAGGUUAGCGAAGAACCCACCUCGGCAUGCCAAGCUAAUGGUCAGGUUGGCGAGAAACCGACCUCAACUAGCCAAGCUCAUGGUCAGGUCAGUGAAGGGACCCACCUCGAAUUGCCAAGCUCAUGCUCAUGUUGGUAAGGAACCAACCUCAACACGCCGAGCUCGUGCUCAAGUUGGAAAAGGUCUAACCUCAAUUUGUUGA